AUGACGACGGCAGAUUUACUGGUGAUGAUUUUCAAUGUUGUGAUUUAUUACCUUUUGUGCUAUUAUUUCCCCUAUUCAUUCCUGGAGUACACACCGGUAUGUUGUCUAAAUGAAGCCGUGAACUACAUCCUGGUGGACUGCUCGGUGUGGCUGACGGUGGCCUUCACUGUGGACCGCUCUGUAGCAAUCUGUUACCCAAAGCUCAAGGCUCAGUACUGCACACUGAGAACUGCACAGUUGAUCACUGCCGCCCUGUGUGGGCUGAGCUGCCUGAAGAACAUAGCCGUAUACUUUAUGUUUGAACCUGUCUACAUCAUACACAAUGUGCCCAUUCGUUGCAGUAUAAAACCCACCUACUACACGUAUCCAGGAUGGUUAGCCUUCGAUUGGCUUGACACUAUUUUGUGUCCGCUCGCUCCCUAUUUCCUGAUGAUGGUGCUCAAUGCUCUGACUGUCAGGCAUGUGCUGGCAGCCAACAGGAAACGCAGGUCUCUGCUGGGACACAGCAGAAAGGAGGGCAGCAGUGACCCCGAGCUGCAGAGUCGGAGGAGAUCCAUUAUUUUGCUCUUCACCAUCUCCGGGAGCUUUGUGCUGCUGUGGAUGCCAUACGUUGUCUUCUUCCUAUACUCCAGGAGCACAAACGCUGACUAUGAGCCAUAUGUGUACACUGACCCACUGCUGAUCGCUUAUUACACUGUGGAUAUGUUCCAGUUGCUCAGUUCCGGCACUAACACUUGCAUUUACGCGUUGGCUCAGAUGCGAUUCAGGGAGGAGUUAAUCAAUGCCAUGAAGUACCCAUUUAACCUGAUCAUCAACUUGUUUCGAAAAUGA